CCAGGUGAUGCUGCAGCCAAGAUGGCGCCGGCGGUGGUUGCGGCCGCCUGAGGGAGAUGUUCCCGGUCCUCGGCGGCGGCAGCGGCGGCGGCUGUGGCCUCGGCCAGGGCUUUGGGUCUCUCCCCGGCGUGAGCACUCAGGCGCCUCUCCUUCUGCCGGGUUGACCCGGACAAAGAGGAGACGGCCCCGAAGAGAGGAGGCAGCGAGGAACCGAGAGGAGAGCGCGGCGCCUCCCGCCUCGGCACCAUGGCUGGGCUCAUCAAAAAGCAGAUUCUGAAGCACCUCUCCAGAUUUACUAAAAAUUUAUCUCCUGACAAGAUAAAUCUAAGUACCCUUAAAGGAGAAGGUGAACUGAAGAAUUUGGAGUUGGAUGAAGAGGUGCUCCAGAAUAUGUUGGAUUUGCCAACAUGGCUUGCUAUCAACAAAGUUUUUUGUAAUAAAGCAUCUAUUAGGAUCCCAUGGACAAAACUGAAAACACAUCCCAUCUGUUUGUCCUUAGAUAAAGUAAUAAUGGAAAUGAGUACAUGUGAAGAACCACGAAACCCUAAUGGCCCAUCACCAAUUGCAACUGCUUCAGGACAGAGUGAAUACAGCUUUGCUGAAAAAGUAGUUGAGGGAAUCACUGUUUCUGUAAAUUCCAUUGUCAUACGCAUUGGAGCAAAAGCCUUCAAUGCAUCCUUUGAACUUUCCCAGCUACGGAUCUAUAGCGUGAAUGCAAACUGGGAGCAUGGAGAUUUAAGAUUUACUCGUAUCCAAGAUCCACAGAGAGGAGAGGUUUUGACAUUUAAAGAAAUAAAUUGGCAGAUGAUUCGAAUAGAGGCAGAUGCUACCCAAAGUUCACAUCUUGAAAUUAUGUGUGCUCCUGUUCGAUUAAUAACCAACCAAUCAAAAAUCAGAGUCACACUUAAAAGAAGAUUAAAGGACUGCAACGUCAUUGCAACAAAGUUAGUUCUAAUAUUGGAUGACUUAUUAUGGGUCUUGACGGAUUCUCAGUUGAAGGCUAUGGUACAAUAUGCAAAAUCUCUUAGUGAAGCAAUAGAAAAAUCAACAGAGCAAAGGAAGAGUAUGGCUUCUGAACCUACACAGAGCUCCACAGCAGCCCCAUCUACGCAGCAAGUGAAGUCACCCCAGGCUUCAAAUGCUCCUGAUCUAAAUGAUGCAAUUGUGAAACUGUUCAAUGACUUCGAUGUCAAAGAAACCUCCCAUCAUUUAGUGAUUUCUCAUCUAGACCUACACAUAUGUGAUGAUAUUCAUGCUAAAGAAAAAGAGUCAAAUAGACGUAUUACUGGAGGGGCUAUGCAACUGUCUUUUACAAAACUGACUAUAGAUUAUUAUCCUUAUCACAAAGCUGGAGAUAGCUGUAAUCAUUGGAUGUAUUUUAGUGAUGCAACCAAGACAAAAAAUGGAUGGGCCGACGAGUUGUUACAUGAAUUUGAGUGCAACGUUGAAAUGCUUAAACAGGCUAUAAAGGAUCAUAAUGUAGGUUCACCUCCUAAAUCCCCAACACAUGCCUCUCCCCAGCACACACAAACAGAGAAAGACUCAGCUGUGAAAGGGACCUCCAGAAUACCUUCAGUAUUUUCUCAACAGUCCAAAGCUAAGUUAAUGUCUAGUUCUAUUGUGGUUAGACUUGCAGAUUUCAAUAUAUACCAGGUCUCUACAGCAGAACAAUGUCGUUCUUCCCCCAAAAGUAUGAUUUCUUGCAAUAAAAAAUCCCUGUAUCUUCCACAAGAAAUGUCAGCUGUCUAUAUUGAAUUCACAGAAUAUUACUAUCCAGAUGGAAAGGAUUUUCCAAUUCCAUCUCCCAACCUUUAUAGCCAGCUGAAUGCACUACAGUUUACUGUGGAUGAAAGAAGUAUUCUGUGGUUAAAUCAAUUUCUAUUGGAUUUAAAACAAAGCCUUAGUCAAUUUAUGGCUAUAUACAAGUUGAAUGACAAUACAAAAUCUGAUGAGCAUGUUGAUAUUCGAGUUGAUGGCUUAAUGCUAAAGGUUGUUAUUCCUUCUGAAAUGAAAUCUGAAUGUCAUCAAGAUCAACCACAUGCAAUUUCUAUUCAAAGUUCUGAAAUGAUUGCCACAAAUACAAGGCACUGUCCAAACUGUCGACAUUCUGACCUAGAAGCCUUGUUUCAAGACUUUAAAGAUUGUGACUUUUUCAGUAAAACAUAUACUAGCUUCCCCAAGUCAGGUGACAAUUUUAAUCUUCUACAUCCAAUCUUCCAGAGACAUGCUCAUGAACAGGAUACCAAAAUGCAUGAAGUUUAUAAAGGCAAUAUUACUCCCAAGUUGAAUAAACACACUCUUAAAACUUCUGCUGCCACAGAUGUUUGGGCUGUGUACUUUUCUCAAUUUUGGAUAGAUUAUGAAGGGAUGAAAAGUGGAAAAGGACGACCAAUAAGUUUUAUAGACUCUUUCCCUCUUUCCUUCUGGAUUUGUCAGCCAACAAGGUAUGCACUGUCUCAAAAAGAGCUGCAGACUUGUAAUCAGAUAUCUCUAAAUACAUCACAAAGUGAAUCUAGUGAUCUGACUGGCCGAUGGAAGCGGAAAAAGCUCUUGAAGGAGUAUUACAGUACAGAGUCUGAGCCCUUAACAAAUGGUAGGCAGAAAUCUUCCGAUACAUUUUUAAGAUUUUCCUCUUCAUCAGAUGCAGAUAUUCACGUCCUGGUUCAUGUUCAUAAACACGUCAGUAUGCAGAUCAAUCACUACCAGUAUCUGUUCUUGCUUUUCCUCCAUGAGUCACUUAUUCUGCUUUCAGAGAACUUAAGAAACGAUGUAGAAGCGGUGACUGGCAGUCCUGCUAGUCAGACAUCCAUUUGCAUUGGAAUUUUACUUAAAAGUGCAGAAGUGGCUCUUUUACUACAUCCAGUGGAUCAAGCAAAUACUCUUAAGUCUUCUGUUUCUGGAGGUGUGAACCCAAUAGUUCCUGAUUAUUUGCCUACAGAAAACAGAGAAUUCUUAUCUUCAAAAAGGAAACAAGUUAGUAAUAGUAUCAAUCAAAUUAGAAGUGUAACUGUUAAUCAUAUGUCAGAGAAUAGAUCUAUGAGUGUUGACCUUAGCCAUGUCCCUGUGAAGGAUCCUUUGCUUUUUAAAUCAGCUAGUGAUACAAAUCUGCAAAAAGGUAUUUCUUUUCUGGAUUAUUUGUCAGAUAAAAAUUUAGAGAAAAUAAGUGAAGAUGAAAGUAGUGGAAUUCUUUGCAAAAGUGGCUCAGAGGAAAUUGGAUUAGAAACAAGGGACAAAAGGAAUUUAUCUUAUACAGAUUCAAAUAGUGUCUUAAACUACAGAGAACAUUCAGGCAUGCUGUCAUUUCAUAAUGAUGGUAAUCAAAAUGUGCUUUCAAGUAGUUUAAGUAGUAAAAGAAAUGAAACCAUAAAGUCAAUCUUUAAAGCUGAAGAUUUGCUGCCAGAAACAGUUUCGCUCACUGAGAACCUGGAAUUCAGUAAAGAAGAAGCACCCACAGUGAGAACACUUAAAUCACAGUCAUCUUUAAGUGGGAAGCCUAAGGAACACUGCCCACCAAACCAGGCUCCACACUGUACAUCUUAUAAGAACAUAAAAAGAAGCUCCUCACAAACCUCAUUGGAUACCAUUUCACUUGACAGUAUGAUAUUGGAAGAACAGUUGUUAGAAAGUGAUGGAAGUGAUAGUUUUCUGGAAAAAGUUAUUAAAAAGAAUUCAAGUACAAAUUAUCAGAACCCAGCAAAUAGUGCAAAUGCCACUGCAAACCUACAGAAUUAUGGUGAAACCUCUCCAGAUGCCAUCAGUACGAAUUCAGAGGGUGCUCAAGAAAACCAUAAUGACCUGAUGUCAGUCGUGAUGUUUAAAAUUACUGGUGUUAAUGGGGAAAUUCACAUCCGAGGGGAAGAUACAGAAAUCUGUCUUCAAGUGGACCAAGUGACACCGGAUCAAUUAGGCAAUAUCAGUCUUCGGCAUUACCUUUCCAAUCGUUCAGUAGGUUCUGAGCAUAAAGCUGUUAUUCAUUCCAAAUCCUCUCCUGAGAUUACUCUGAGAUUUGAGAGUGGGCCUGGUGCUGUCAUACACUCUUUGCUUGCAGAAAAAAAUGGAUUUCUGCAAUGCCAUAUAGAAAACUUUAGCACUGAGUUUCUUACAUCUUCUCUUACAAAUAUUCAACAUUUUUUGGAAGAUGAUACUGUUGCAACAGUGAUGCCAAUGAAGAUACAAGUUUCUAACACAAAAAUAAAUUUAAAAGAUGACAGUCCUCGUAGUAGUACAGUAUCCCUUGAACCAGCUCCUGUAGCCAUUCACAUUGAUCAUCUUGUGGUAGAGAGAAAUGACGAUGGCUCUUUUCAUAUCAGAGAUUCUGAGAUGCUUAACACUGGGAAUGAUUUGAAAGAAAAUGUCACAAGUGAAUCAGUGCAGCUUUCCAGUGGAAAGUAUGAUCUGAAGAAACAGCACAGUGUCACUCAAGCCACUCAGACAAGUCCAGAGGCACCUUGGCCUUCUCAGUCAGUUCACUCUCCUGAGCGCUCCUUUAACUUCACUCGGGAACAGCUCAUGGAAGAGAAUGAAUCUCUUAAGCAGGAAUUGGCUAAAGCUAAAAUGGCUCUUGCAGAGGCUCACCUGGAGAAAGAUGCUCUCCUUCAUCAUAUAAAGAAGAUGACAGUUGAAUAGCAGGAGUGGCAGUCAAAACCCAAAUUAUAGCCCUGGAGUCGGGAGGUUAUAUUUAUAAUGUGAUGUUACCGAGUGGGAGAAUUUCCUUUUCGUGAAAAGACAAUAAAAUUAAAUGGUAUGUGAUGAAGUGAUGACUAGUCCAAAGCCAGUUUAGGAAGUAUUAGGUACGGGCAUUACAAUCUUUUAGUUGUUUUGUGUUUGUUAACCCUCUUUUAAACUGGUAUGAUAUAGGGAAGUCAGCACAUACUGUAAAGUAAUUACAUGCCUAAUGAAGAUGUCAUUUCCUAAUUUUGAUAUCACACUAUAGGCAUUUUUUAAAAAAGAAAAAUGAAAACCUGUUGUGUUCCACAGAUGAUUGAAUUUAUCACUCUGUUAAUGAUUACUAUGAUUUACAAAGAUUCAAAUGCUUUUAGGGCUAAUGUAAAAUAAAAGGCUUACAUUUUAAAUGUUUUAAAAUAAUGUACUUAAAUCUAUGAGUAUUUAAUUACUGUAAAAAGUCCAAUCAGACAAUAAAUUAUAUAAUUCUGGGUUUGAAAAUUCUGGCAAAUCACCCUAUUGAACUUAUAAAGUAACUUGGAAAUGUGAAAAAGAAAUCAUUUUAAAUGAUGGGUAAAAUGUAUAAAUUGAGGCUAUAAUUUGCCACAAAAAAAUGGUACAAGUGUAAAAAUAAAAAGCACAAACUGUAAAAAAGCAAAACUUUAGAGUAUAUGGCCAACUGAUUUAAAAAGCAUUACUUGUACAUUCUUUGAAACAUUUGUUAGAAGUAAGAGUAACUAUCCUGCUAAAUUUGGCAGCAUUUGUAACUACAAAUUUUAAUUAAUACAAUUUAUAUUAUUUCUUUACCUUUAUCUUUUCUCUAUUUAAGAGUAAAGUUUUCAGAGUAUUUAAUUUAUACUUACAAAAAAAUUUCAUACCAUUCUUAUAGUAUCAGAUUAGGUGGUUGUUUGCACAUACCCAGUUUAUAUAGCUAGUUUUGAUUAAAGUUCUUUGUUAUAUAUAUAUACUGUCUUCUAUAAUAAAAAUGAUUGGUAAAUUUUUGAAUUAUAUUUUCUAGGAAUUGUUGAGGUUGAAGCCAACAUGAGAGAGAAUCUCUUUCAUGCAUUAUGAAAUAAAAGUUCCUAGUGUUUAAGCAGGAGAGGCUUUUGAAGACUUAAAGUAUAUUUGUGAUAUAAUUAAACAGACAGACUUAAAUAGAUAGUCUAUUUUAAAAUUUGCAAUCUUUAACAUAAAUAUAUCCAAGAGAGAACAUGAAACAGCUGGACUACUUUUUCUGUAAGGUACUUGAAAAUUUUAAACCACGUUAUGACACUUUAUGGUGCUUUGCUUGUUGGCAUGACGUACAGCCAUCCCUAUGGCUGAGUACUUGGAGGAGAAUACAGGUUUCAUUUACUUAAGUGUUGGAGUGACUUGGACUUUAUUUAAAACAGUACUGGUCUUUUCUUCUGUAACAUCCAUUUUCAUUGACAUGACUUUAAAAUACAGGCCUUGUUUUGGGAACUGAGGAUACAGCAAAGAACAGAUUUAAAUUGUGAAUAUUUUACCUCAAAGUAUUUAAAAAUUAUGUUAAACUGUGUUAAUCUAAAACUAUGUAAUAGUCUUAGAUUAAGAACAAAGGUCUAAUUCAGUAUUUAAAAUAUAUAGCUAAUAUCCUUCAUAGAGUACUUUUGAUUUAUAGGCAUAUAUUCAAGGUAUGCAGUCUUUCAUAUAGAAAAACGAUUUGACGGGACAUUAACUUCUUCAGAGCUGACAGUGUUUCUCAGGAUUGACCGACUUGUUCUAUAGAAAUUUUAAAUUUGUGGUAUAUUAUAAUUGUUUAGUGUUAUGGAAGCCAAAUGUUUGUCUUAUUCCUUUUCAUUGGCCAUCUUAAGAAAAUCAUACAAACAGUAGAUAUGAUCAUUAAUAUGGAUCUGAGCAUUCUACUUGCUAUGUUGGAUUUUUAAAAAAUUUAUAGUGAGUACUAUUUUUAUAGAGACUUAAAAUUCACUAUCUCAUGUAAUUCCCACAAGAAAACCUGGGAAGUAGGUAUUAUUCAGAUUUUAGAAGUUAAAUAAAAACCCUAAGGCUCAGAAAGGACAAGUGACUUUACUGAAAUCACAGUUAAUAACCUGCUCUUUUGAUUUAAAUCCCAGUUAUAUGCUUUUAUUUUACUUUGGUCAUUAAUUCACGUAUUUUGCCAGGGUUGGGGAAAAAUCACUGUUUUUUAUCUGUUUUUCUUUUAAAGAUAAAUAUAAUACUUUUAAUUAUGUGUGUGUGUGAGAGAGAGAGGGGAAGAGAGAUAAAGAGAGAUGUGUUAUGCAAACAAUGUAUAAGAUAGUGGGAGGAUUUUUGAUUGACUAAGUGAAUCCCAAUCUUUUUGGUGGUGUGAAAGUAUAGAAGUAAACCACAUAUUAGAAAUAAAGCUGCCAUAUCUUGAAAACAAUUUUUUUCUAAAUCUCUGUCAGAGACUUUACUGAUCAGGGGAAGGAAAUGAUAAUCAUGUUUUGCAUUUUAAUUUUGUGUAUGUCAAAAAACAUUUUCUUGGUGUCUUGUAUUUUUUUUCCUUUUCUCAUAUUUUAUCCUAGAAUUUCAAAAGACCGCUUUGUGGACACUAAUUGUGAUGAAGCAUCAUCAUCAUUAUUCUUAACCCUCACUGGAGAACAUGCUUAUUGAUUUUAGAGAGGGGGGAAGAGAGAGAGACCUCGAUGUGAGAGAGAAACAUAGAUGGUUGCCUCCUGUUUGGGGAUUGAACUUGUAACCUAGGUAUGUGCCUCUGACUGUGAAUCGAACCCACAACCUUUAGGUGCAUAGGAUGAUGGUCCAACUAACUGAGGCACACCGGCCAGGGCUGAAGCAUUAUUUUUAUUUAAGGCUUGUUAGUAUGGCAGUGUAUGAUUGCAGGCAAGUAUAUGUGGGUUUUUAUUGCAGUUAUUAUUAUUCGAUACUUGCCAAUACAGGAGUUAUAAUUUCCUCUUUAACAAGUUUUUAUUAACCUCCAGUUUAUUCAAAGCAUCAUCCUAUUUCAGUAAAUGGCAACACCAUCACCCUGGUUCCCAAACUACUAGUAACCUAGAAUUCAUCUUAGACACUGUCUUUAAUUCAUUCAUUUCUCUCCCUCCCUCCCUCUCUCUCUCUUUCUCCCUUCCUCUCUCCCUCAAUUUAUUGCCUGUCAUUUUACCUUACAAACAUCUCUUAAACUUGUCCACUUGUCUUCACUUCUCACCACCUUUUAAAUCUAAGCUACCAUCAGCAUGUUUGGCCUGCAUUACUUGAAUUGCCUCCUAACUGGUCUUCCUACAGUUACUCUGAACCUACUGUGAUUCAUUCUCUAUAUCCAGGCAGAGUUCUCGUUUUUGAAAUCACACAGGAUAUAAGGCAACCUACUCAUUCUUACCCCCAGCUUAAGCCACUUCAAUGACUUUUCAUUGCUCUUAAGAUGAAAACAAAAAUAUUUGGUGACCUAUGAGGUCACAUAUAUUAGGUCUGUCAUUUACUUUAUAGAGUAACUCUGAGCAUUAAAAGAGGUAACGUAUCAUAAAAUUAAAACAGUGGCUGACACAUCACCUAAAAAAGCACUCAGUAGGAGCUAGUUAUUGUUACUACUGCUUAGUUAGCCUCAUGUGUACCAUGUUUCAGUUACUUUGUGUUCUACUUAACCUUUUGCACUCGGAUGUCGAAUGUGACUCGACACGGUUAACAUCGAGAUUAAAAUUACUCUUGAAUGUAUCAAUAAUUUGAAAUAUAAAAAAAUCCAAAUAAAUAAGUUUGUAUGAAAAGAAACUCCAGUUUUUUAUUCUACUGCCGCGCUUUGUAAAAUCUGGGGUAUUUAAAAAAUUAAAUCCCGAGUAGAAUAAAGGAAUCGAGAAAAAAGCAAGCGAGUGCAAAGGGUUAAGUAUCUGGAACAAGUGAGAAUAGAGUACUUCUUCCACAUUGGAAACUUUGCUCAUGCUAUUCCUUUGGCUUGAAAUACCUUUCCCUACUCAUUGCCUGGUUAAUUCAUAUUUGUCUUUCAUAUCUCAGCUCAUUCCCUAAUUUCUAUCACAAAGCAAAACUGCUUGGACACAUUGUCACAUGAACACAUACCUCCAGUUAGCAUUGAACAGCUUUGUAAUUUCACAUGUAUUUGAUUAAUGUAGAUCCUCUAGAUUGUAAACGCAGUGAGGUCAGGAAUUUUUUUGUUGUUGUCAUUGUUGAACUUUGUAUUUCUUAUGCCUCAUACAGUGCCUGGUACAUAGCAGGUGCUCAAUAAAUUUAUUGAAUAAAAUGGAUGAGGUAUCAAG